AGGACAGGCUGAGGUACUUGGUGUCAUCUGCAGGAAGAGGCUGAAACUUCAUCAACCGAGGACAGAAACAAACAUUAUUCUUUUCAAAUUUAUGAAAUGAAAAGAAACAUUAGCUUUUGGUCCAUUUUAAUGUCUGUUUGCUGCAGAGGUCGCAUCCUUGUCACUUCAAAUUUCAUCAAAGUAUGUGAUUUUUCCCAGAUGUUUGCACACAGCUGUAACUUACUACAGGGCAUGUAAACCAAACCAGCACAGGAUGCAGUGGCACGGCAAUAAUCAGAGUAACUUUUACUGACCUACACACAGUUUAUUUUCAGUUUGUCUUGUAGUGUAGCAUCAGUGUUCAUCACAGGAGGAGCAGCGUGCACCCGGUAGAGGAUCGUUUUGUUGUUUGGUCUCAUGUUUUAACUGAUGCUGGUAUUUUACAGGGUCUCAAACUGAUUACCUGAUUUCUACUGUGUACAUUCUGGUGAUCCAUGACAGAUUGACCCCCCACACUUUUUUUUUAGAAAUGUCUAAUAAGAUAAGCUAUUUAUUUUGAAGUGACAGCAAUGCAAUUGUUUUUAUAUGUCACACCUGAAAUAAAUCAGAAUCAUCUUUAAUGGCCAGGGAUGUUUGAACAUGCAAGGAAUUUGACUUCAUGUUUGUAAACAGUAAAUAACAAUGAAAAUAAGAAAUAAAGCAAUAAACAGGACGUCAGUCGGUUGUUUGGUCUCUUUCAGCCACUGACUCUUCGUGACUUCCUCUGAGGUAACCACGCCCUGUCUCUGGUGCAGUAAACACCACCUCCUGUGCUCACAUUGUCUCAUUCACAGGCAGCAGCAGUGUCACAGAAUCUCCACCUGGGAACUUUUCAUGUUUUUGUUUUUUCAGAUGUUUAAAAGAAUAGAAGCUACGGUGGUGAGUUCUGGGUCAUUGCAAAUACUCCAACUUAACUGACUUUACAUACAGAGCAAAUGUGUUUCAGGGGUUUGGUUACUCAGGAGCGUUUUCAGGCCUCGUAGCAAACAGAAAUAUACUGGUCUUUCUUUCCUUUUUUAUCUGGUGAUGCACCAGAUCACGUUUCUGUUUGUUAUAAAUCUGUGCAGCUUGUUUGAGCUGGUUCCGUUUUGGGACUUGAAGUUCAUGCCAGUGAAUUUUCAGACACAAACAAGUCACUGUUGAACAUUUGAUGACAGGAGAGACCAGCACCAGGUGGACCAGGGAAGAUGGUUGAUCCCACAGCUGUGGAGUCCAGCCUGCACAAUGACAUCCAGGCUCUUCUCAGAGAGAUGAACAGCGAAAGUGCUUCCCAGAAAGGACUGCUAAGGUGGACUCUUGAGAAGAAGGUGGAGACAAAUCCCUCCUGCAGCAUUCCACUGAUCCAAGCUCUGGUCAGAGAGCUGGAGGAGAAGCUGAACAGGGCUAACAAGAUUGGUAAAGCACAGCCCUGCGUCCACAUCAUUCCAAUGCUGCACACUCUCUACUAUGUGGUUAUUCAGUCAGGUUCCACGAUUCCCACCAGCCUUUACCAGAAAGUCUACGAGUGUCUGAUCAAACUGCUGAUUCUGCCGUUGCCUCAGUCUACAGUGGCCCUGAGAACUCUGAGGAGCAUCAAGAUGGAAAUGACCACACCAGGCUCUUUGUAUGAGAGGAGAGUUACUGCAGAGCAGAACCUGAAGAAUGAGCAUUUCCCUCUGCAGGAAAAGGUGUUCGUGCUGGCAGACCCAGCUGUGUUCUCUGCACCACUGGAAGUGACAGUAAGGACACACUUGGAGGUGUCCAACUUGCUCAGAGACACAGCAACCGUGGAGAAAAAUCUGGUGCUCCGUGUCCUGCAGACAGGGCUGGGGGUGGCCUGCCAGAGCGCCAAGCUGGCUCAGGCUCUGGAGGCUUCAGAGGACCACAUGGUGGAGAAAUAUUUCCAGGAAGUGGUUCUAGCCGUGGAGCAGAGUGUAAAGCACGGUGCCGCUGGUUCUGCAGCCUACAUGAACAGACUACAGCACAUGCAGAGAGACAUCCUCGCUGCCUCUAAAGAAGAGAUGACCACGGCAGCUCAGGGCUCAGUGUGCAGCACUGCACUGCCCUUUCCAGAGAUCAGUUUCCUCCUGUGGAAAGAAGAUGACGAUCUAUGGAAUCUGCUGGCAAACAUCACCCUGCGCUCUAACUCUGGUGUUAAAGAGGAAAAGAAGAGCAAAAGAGAUUUGGGUCAGUCUGAGGACAGAGGGGUCAACAUGAAGUACAGUGACAACACAGGGAAGCCUCCAGCCAAAACGCAUUCUAAAGUAUUUGCACGGAAAAACGCCUUCAGGAACAUGCAGCCAGCACAGAAACUGAGUCUAAUGAAGGAGAAGAUCGACGUGUAUGCUGGCAGCUCUCCUGUCCUGAAGCAGGACAGGAAGCAUCACACGGCACGGGUGCUGGUACUGGGGGACGACCGUGUGCUGGGGAGGCUCGGCAGGGCUUAUCACUCUAUUCGAAAGAGAGAGUCCAAACAUCUGAUUCUGACCAAGAAGCUGGACCUCCAGUUCUACUACAUCCCAGUCAUAGAUGAGGAGCCUUCGCUCAGCUCCCCUAGUUUUUCCAGAAUUUUUGAAAAUUGUGACAACACACUUGCCGCCUUAUUGAGAAGACUGGAUCCAUGGUAUGACAGCAACGUCAGCAGCCUGGGAGCAACAAUCUCCAAACUACCUGCACUGAGCUACGACCACAGCGCGCCCUCAGAGCAAAGCCUCUACCUGCUGGACAACCUGUGUUACUACCUUCGCUGUGGGACACAGCCAGUUAAGCUACCGCUCUAUUCUGUGAAGAUGAUGCUCUCCAGCGGUGACAUGGUGGAGGAGGUGUUCGUGUCCGAUCUGAAGGCCCACAUCCCCGAUUUCAGACACCUUAAAGAAAAGCUCAGUCAAAAGGAAACUUCUACACGAAUAUGGAGGAAGCCAAGGGUGGAGGGACCAGUCAUCUCAGUCACUUACACAGAGACAUCUAUCUGCAAACGAGAGGUUGUGAAAGGAGUUGCGGUGAAGACAUGUUUCGUGGUGGUGACAUCACAGCCGGCAGCCGCGACAGGAGGUGAGGAUUACCUCACCGUCAGCUUUGACAGCGUGAGCCCAGUGUGCAACAGAGAAAUCCGAACCCAGAACAUUGUCCUCGUGAUGCUGGAGCACUGGACGCUGUCUGUACAUCUGGACCAGGACUCUCGCAAGACAUACACUGAUGUCCAAAGGGUAGAAAUUUCUCCGUGCUUGGACCCAGGAUGCUUUUUCAGCAGCACCGAGCACGAGCUGCCGCUGAUCAAGUAUAUGGACAAAGUCCUGUCACUGCCCAUCAACACCUUCACCGGGGCGACCCUGUGA